AUGGCAGCAGCUGCCUGGGCCAGUGGUUUUCUCAAUGCUCUGCUGCACACAGCCAGCACCUUCUCACUGCCCCUGUUGGGCAAGAUGCACACCAAACUUCCCUGUGUCCCUCACCUGGCUGUGGUCUCCCUCUUUGUCAAUACUUGUACAUUUGCCUACCUGAAGCCUCCCUCCAUCUCCUCCCAUGUCCUGGACCUGGUGGUCACAAUUCUGUACUCAAUGGUGCCUCCAGCACUGAACCCUCUGAUCUACAGCCUGAGGAACCAGGAGCUCAAGGAUUCCUUGAGGAAACUGAUAAAUGGAUUUCUUUCAGGAGCAAUAAAAUGCCUAUUUUCUUCUGCAUAG